AUGAAGAGAGAAAGAGAAGUUGAGAAGAGUGGAGAAAACUUUACCGUAUUUUGCUUCUUCACGUUCGACCCAGAAAGAUGUUGCAAAGCUAUUAAGAGCCACAGAAUUGAAACCAGUGGUAUUAAAGAAAUUGAAAUGAUGGGGGUGACACUGAACGGGACUUACACACCCCCAUCAUUGAAAAUCGCGCUGAUCCUUUGA